ACUUGGGUCCUGCUUCACCAUGGAUAUAGGCAAGCACAGCUUUCUAGUGGGAGGCACCGAGUUUGUCAUUGACAAGAGAUACGUCAUUGAGCAUCCUGUCGCGCUGGGCAAGGGCGCGUAUGGAACAGUGUGCGCGGCGGUGGACACGGUGACCGGCGAGGAGGUGGCCAUCAAGAGAAUCGCUGAGGUAUUUGGGCAUCCCAUCGACGCCAAGCGGGUGCUGCGUGAGCUGAAGCUGCUCCGGCACCUGUCGAACCACGAGAACGUGAUCCGGAUCUUGGACAUUAUGACAAUUCCGCCUGAGGAGGCCGAGACCUUUACCACCAUCUACAUGGUGAUGGAGCUGAUGGACACGGACCUGCAUCAGAUCAUCAAGUCUGGGCAGGAGCUCAAUGAGGAGCACUUUACACACUUUCUGUACCAGGUCUUCCGCGGGCUCAAGUACAUCCACUCGGCAGGCGUCAUCCAUCGCGACAUCAAGCCGUCGAACCUGGUACUCAACGCCGACUGCGAUAUGAAGAUUUGCGACCUCGGCCUUGCGCGACCGAACGUGAUCGACAUGAACCAGGCCGGGUUCACCGAGUAUGUGGCCACGCGGUGGUACCGUGCACCAGAAAUUAUCUACGACUCGGGCCAGUACACCAAGGCCGUCGACAUCUGGGCUGUCGGCUGCAUCUUUGCCGAGCUCAUCCUGCGACGCCCGCUGCUUCCAGGCCGCGAUCAAGUCCAUCAGCUCUCGCUCAUCCUCACCUUUCUGGGCACGCCAUCGCCGGAGGAGAUCGACGAGAUUCGCAACGACAACGCGCGCGCAUACGUUCGCUCGCACGGCGUCCGGCCGCGCAAGGACUUUACUGUCGAGUUCCCGGGCGUCAGCCCAGUGGCCAUUGACCUGCUGGAGAAGCUGCUGGCGACACAGCCGGGCGAUCGGCUCACUGCCGAGCAGGCACUCGAGCACCCUUACUUUGCUGACCUGCACGAGCCAACCAACGAGCCGGCCGCUCCGCCGUUCCUAGACUUUGACUUUGAGUCGGAGCCCGUCGACAUCAACACCAUCCGCGCACACAUCUACAACGAGAUGCUCGCCUUUCACCCGGAGCUUGCAACUGCCGGCCAGGCGUCCACCAACGCCGACGACGCCGACGAUCUCGCCGCCAUGAACAUCGAGUAGCCGCUGCAGGCCAUAACAUACUCCCAUCUGUACUCCUC